CGGACUACCCUUGUUCCACACAGGAACGAUGGUGUAUAAAAGCUCGCUUCGGCAAAUUUCGGGAUCAUACCACAUCAGUCCUUCAAUUUAUCAGGUUCUAUCCCAACCAAAAACAAAGCCAACAAUCAUGAAGUGCAUCGCAGCUGUAGUCAUGAUGGCCCUGGCCUUCGCCGCCGCUGAAGCAUCCUGGGCUCCGUUGGCCUAUUCCGCUUACCACGCCAGUCCGCUAGCCUAUACCGUUCCACAUGCCACCUACGUUCAGCAGAACUGGGGAGCACCCGUAGCCUACUCCGCUGCCUAUGCUCCAGCCCUGAACUAUGCCUACCAGUCAUCCGUUGUCCCAACAGCCUAUGCUUACCAACCGGCCGUGGCCGUCGUCGCCCAGAAGGAAGCUCGCUAUCUGGCUGCCAACCGUGGAGCCGUGCAUGAUGCUCCUCUGCCAGGACAUACCGUCUCCCAGCAGUCGCUGAACCUGGAACCGGCUGCCGGAACUCUGUAAAAUCUGAGCUGCGACAGAUUUUUCUUAUGAAUGGACGUUGUUUUAUCUGAUGUUGUAUGUGCUUUGAAAUGAAUGAUGAGUUUAAUUGCAAA